AUGCUUAGUCGUAAACAGGUAUUCUUGAAAAUCCACCAUUCAUCGCUUACUUUGACAUCACAAAAAGCCUCAAAGACCGAUGCCAACCUUGGAAACUGGGUGGAAUCAUCAAAUUCGAGAUCAAGUGUCUAA